UUCUGGGUGGAGUGAAGUUCAGACUAUGUAGCCUACUAUAUGCAACAAAUUAGCCCAGAGAGGAAGACUGCAAUAUGGCUGAGUGAAAAACACCAAGACAACUGAAUUCAGAGAGAGAGAGAGAGAGAGAGAGAGAGAGAGAGAGAGAGAGAGAGAGAAAGGCUCCAGGUCGAAAACAAAGACGUUAAACACUGAGAGCUGAGAUGAGUGAUGUGAGUGAAGAGUCGCUGCUGGAUUAUUUCUACUCCACCGGAGGCAGCUCUGGCAGGGUCAAAAAUGCAGAUAUACUGAAGACAUUUAAGCCCUUUAUUGGCCAUAGUGACUUGCAGUUACGUGCUAAAUACAGAGAGGAAUUCAAACUCAUCAUUGACCGAAUUGCUGUGGUGAAGUCAGAAAAUGGAGAGAAGUAUCUUGUCCUAAAGAAGAAAUACAGGCAAAUGCUGCAGGAGCGAGACACCAAACAUCCCAGGGCAGAGGGGGACGGACAGAGACAUUCGAGCCCGGCCAGAACUCCGGCCACCGUACAGUGGGACGCCGCGACUUCUCCUCCUCACCAGAAGGAACAACAGGAUGAGCCGAUGUCAUGCGGAGAGCCCGACAGUGCUGCAGAGGACCUGCAGACAGGAACAGCCUUCGUGCAGCACAGACUGCUGCAGCAUCCCGUCAUCCAAAUCCAGGAACCAUCGGCACAAAGCAACGGGGACGAUGAGCUGGACAAAGAUUCGGGAUCAAAGUCCGAGUCGGAGCAAGACGAGGAGUGUACGGGAAGCAUGGGCUCCGCUGCUGUCGCUCUGGAUCCUAUAGAGAAGGAAUGGAUCUACUCUGCUGCCGGUGCUCGAGUCCCUGACCUCUCUCAGCUGCUCAGACAGGACCCCUCGCUGGCAAACAAGAAGGACUUCACCUCGGUGAGUAUUUGAUGUGGCACUUAUAAAUAGCUACAGACUGUAUGUAACAUAUUGUGUUUUAGGUGAAGUUAUUAUCAACACAUGAUAUCACAUGACUUUUGUCUGACUUAAUGUCUCUUAUUUUCUCAUUUCGACACAAUGUGGCUCCCGACUGUGACCAUGACCAUUCCUUCUCAGGGGGUAAGUUUAAUCAUUCGUCCUUCUGUCUGCACCUUGUGUGUAAUAACUCUGAACGCCCGCUGUAGCCUGUUGGAAUGGAAGUUCAUUUACAGCGUCCAUUAAAAACAGACCAUAUUUCAGCUCCGUGUUUCUUUAUCUUUCAUCUGCGAUACAAACCUCCUCCCUCUCAGACCUGCGUUUUGCUUGUAUAACUUUCACAAGCUUUUUCUGCUGAGAUUUUCCCCUAAUAGUAUUCUGAGAACCCUGUGUUAAAACAUCCAGAUCAUGCAUUUCAAAGGUCCACUAUCAAAAGGAUUAUGAAAGAUAGCUUUUUAGCUCCUGUGGCCCCCUGACAACCCAAAUCCUUUUAUUUGUCUCCCUGUGCGCUUAAGAGAUUUGAGCUCAUGUUUGUUGUCCCUCCCCUGUGUCACAGUUCUCACACUGUCCUGUGGCCAUGGCAGACCACCUUCUAAGAGUAGCCCUAAGCCUCUGCCAUCCCCACCCGGACAAGAUAGCAUGGCCGCCAUUGAAGUGUAGGGAGAUGUGUGGGGGAGAUUAAGGAGAGUCUUAAUGCCCCACAAAGACUUCACCCACUUAAAGAUAAUCUGAAAGUAAUAGAGCAGGCUGGGAUUAAUUGUAGAACAAUGCUGUUGUGUCCCUGGGAAGGUGCUAAGUCCCCCUCGGGCCUCUUUGAUGUUCCCUUUAGCCCUCAGCCUUUCCCUGUUCGGGAGAGGUGGAUGCCUUUGCAGAGAUAACGUACAGAGAUACCCAGAAUAACAAAAGUUGCAAGACUCAUGAGAACCAGUCUUUAAAAGCAGGAGUUAUUAUAUCUGAUCUGCAUUUGUCACGUCCUGCUCUACAGAAGUUAAGUGUACCGAAUACCAGGCUCUAGAUCACAUGUUUGACCAGGACUGAAGGGAUUACUCUUCAUCCUGGGAGGACUUAAGUGUUUCCUGUUCUGACCAAAUGUUUGUUGGGAUCAGGUGAUUUUAUAGGUAUGCACUUCAAACAGGGAUUUAAACGUGAUGUUUGACACUACACGGGUCAGAACACCCAGAUCUCACCUGAGCCAAACUCCUCUCACUCCAGACUCUCAUUCUCUCUUUCUCCUUCCUGCUCUGCUCGUGACGUGGGCCUCUGUUCCUGCUGUGACGGACUUCCUCUGCCACGCAGUUUACCGCUCUGCACUGGGCUGCUAAGCAUGGCAGCGAGGACAUGGCCACUCUGGUGGUUAAUGCCGGUGCUGAUGUCAACACCAAAUCACAUGUGAGUAUCCAGGUCUUUAUCAGGAAGUGACGGGUAUGUAGUGACAACAACAACAUGGCUGCUGGUUUCUUUUUCUGUGCCCCUCGGUGAUGUAAUGUUCCUAAAUGAUUUGUAUGGAACUCCAGCUGUGCAAAUGUAUUGCAGCAGCACGUGUUGUUGAGCUGCGGGAGUACUCCGCUAAUAAAUCAUGUCAUGUCAUGUUAAUUGUUUCCCAAAACAGUGCCAGCAUGCACAACUCUGAAACUAUGCAAUUUUCAGCGAAUUACCAAGCAAUUAUGUUUUUAUCAUUAUCUUGUGUUUCCAUAACCUUUCCUAAUUUGUAUUUUUUUUUUCAUGCUGUUUUCAUUGGCUGCGUUUGGGCCUGGGAAACUCUAGGGGGGAUAUACACCUUUACACAUUGCAGCGUUACAUGGUCAUCGGCAUAUUCUAGACCUUCUCAUAGGGACAUAUGGGGCUAAAGAAAACUUAAGGGACUACAGCGGCCAUCUUGCAUGCCAUUAUCUGAACAUCAAAGAUCCAGAGGGUCCAGAGGAAGACUGCGAGCUGCCGUUUCAAGUCAGUCAGGCCAGAGAGCGGAACAGGAACAGAAAGUUGGUGUCGUUGUUUCACUCCAAGAAGAAGUGGGGCUCAGCAGAGGAGCUGGCUCCGAUAGAGGAGGAGAGGACGGCGACACAUCAGCUCGUCGUUCCAGCAUUUAGACCCAGAAAAUUCUCCCGCUGAGUAAAAACGACACACCAGGGGCGAUUUCUGUUAGCUCUCCUGCACUCACACACACCCUAAUCCUUAGAUUCAUAUAUAUCGACACAUAUUAUGUAAACCUACAUGUAUAUACAAAGAAAGUGUUAUAUUUAUUAUGUACAGCACAUGUUGACACUUCACGCCAUUCAAACCUUUGCUUACUGACGCACCUAAACUCAUGCUUUAACAUAGAUGAUGUUGUAGAUGAUGCCAUGCUUAUACGUGUAUUAUUAAUAUAAAUGCUCACCAUGAAAGUAUUACUUGAAGCCUUUAAAUUUUAAUGAAUGUCGCCAAUUAGAGCCUGACCGAUAUAUAUCGAUACUGACCUAUUGUGGAGAUGUCGGUAUUAGCGUAUAUGAUAUCCGAUAUGCGCAGACAUGAAAACUGUUUUUUUCCAGCAUAUAAUGCAGAAGACAAUGCUUGCAUUAAUAUUUUGGCACUGUGAUUUACAGUAGCGCGGCAAGCAGCAGUGUAAGAGAGAAGAAGCAGCUCUCAGCAAUGUCAACUAGAAUUGGUUGACAAUGUGUAUGUUAAAUUAUUUAACAUGUUAAAGAAAAGUUAUUUGUUGAAGAAAACAGCCUCCUGAGUACCUUUGUAAAGUCAUAGUCUCAUAGAAUAGGUCUUUUGUCGGCUCAAACAUUCACUAUAUCGGCCGCCAUAUUGGCAAUCAGGGAAUCUUUCCCUUCUAAAAUCGGUAUCGGUCGGGCUCCAGUGCUAACUGUUACAUAUGCCUUACAAUUUUAAAUGAGCCGUGCCACAUAGUCUUCAUUUGUGUUACACUGAGUUUUACUCUGUAAAAGUGUCCAGAUGAUGUAAUUCUUUCUCAGUGAGAAGUUAAGGAUAAGGCUGGAGAUAUUUUUGUUACUGUCAACAAAUCCAAUGAAAAACUGCAAAAGAAACACAAUGUGUCAAUCUAUUUGUUGAUAACUUGCUGACUUUCCUAUCCUGUCUGUGGCUCCCAGCCCCUCCCAGUAAAGCCUUCACAGCUGGUCACAAAUACAUACUUUCACUUUAAAAAAAAAAAAAAAAAGCUACUUAAACAGCUAGGCAUUGUAGUUUUUAGCAAACAUUACUCAAACAAGAGUAAAUAGUGCAUUUGUUGUUUGGGGAUGUGGUGCUCUAUUGAGUAUUUCUGCCCAGUUUCACCCAGUGAAACAGUGUGGCUCAUUUAUGUGUGUGUUGCGGCAAAGAGAACAUUUAUCAGGCUUUAGACACACACACACACACACACACACACACACACACACACACACACACAAAGUUUUCUUAGAAUUUGUUGACAACAAGAAGAAGACUGAAAAUAACCAGACUGGUGGUCUGAAAUCAUCUGUAGUUAACACUAGGCUGAAACACAAGCUGUUACCUUUUACAAAGCCAUUGAUUUGGAUUCAUGUCACUGUGGCAUUAUAAUCAAUUUGCAGAGACACUACAGCUGAUCAAUUCACUUUUUAAGAAGCAAGACCCCUCCACAGCAUUUUUAAUGUUUUAUUUGGGCACCCUCCCCCCAAUAUCUUCAAAUAAUAUAAAAGUAUUGGUUCAAUUCCAUUAAUAACUAACAAAGCUAAGAAUUAAGAAUUUAAGAUGGUGUUCACUAAUCUUUACAUUUUAAGGACUUAGUUAGGAUUUAGUGGCAUCUAGCAGAUCGCAACUCCCUCGCUGCACCCUCCCCUUCCAAGGGCGAUGGAGAAACUAUGGUGGCCGUGAAAUGCAUGAAAGUUUCAAAAUGGCCUAAAUGUUACAUAAUAUGUUGAUGCAAUAAUAAUUUUCAGUAUUUUUGGAUUUGAUCCUCUUUUUUUAUGUUUACAAUUAUUGUGCAACGGGAAAUUGAAAAUAAAUACAAAUCUAUGGUGAGGAAAAAUCUAAAGAUUUCCCCAAAAAGUCAGAUAUAAGCAAUUAGAAAAAAAAUACAUAACCCUUCCCCUUUUCUGACUGGCCUCGCUCCUUAAUAAUUUUCCUACAGUCCUCAAUGGGGAAGAAAAUCUUAUAUAUUUUUAAGUUUAAAUCUGAGUUUAUUUAGUUUUUUCCUGGGUUGUGAAUCUCUCCUUUUUGCAGCUUUGUUACUGGAUUUAACUUCCUUCGAAACUCUAAUGUCAAAGUGGUGAUUGUGCUUUAAUUCCCUGUUCCACCCCCCCGUGUAUUAAAGUGCUGCGUUAACUUUUGCAAAGGGUAUUUGCACUAUUACAUCAUGAAUCAGUGUCUUUCGUUUAAAGGGCUUUUUUGUUGCUUUAGGCAUAAUUGUCAUGUGUUUGAAAAGCGGAUCAUGGUAACUAUUUGUUUAGAAUGUAAAAGCUACAGUUAGGUUUUUUUUCCAGUUAAUCGUAUAAUCUAAACUAAAAAACUUGCCUCUGUUACAUCUUUUGCACAAUAUUUAUAUAAUGAAGAUAUUUUGGUAUUAAAUGGUAUUUUAUAUCAAACUGUA